AUGUCUGGCAUCAACCUCCCCAAGAACGCUCACGUCUCGACACACCCAUGUCUCCAGGCGAAGCUCUCACAGCUGCGAUCGGCGAGCACAGGGUCCAAAGAUGCGCAAACGCUGGUGCAUGAAUUGGCUCUCAUGGUCGGUUAUGAAGCUCUGGCCGCAGGCUUAAAGGCACAACCGGCGGGCACAGACAAAUCCCCCCUCGGCUACGAAUAUACCACAACCACCACCUCCCCCGCACCCACCUCCAUAUCCCUCGUCCCCAUCCUCCGCUCAGGACUCUCCAUGGUCCCAGCCCUCUCCUCCCUCCUCCCCACCCCCGUCCCAAUCCACCACCUCGGUCUCUACCGCGAAAAGUCCACCCUCCAACCCGUAGAAUACUACAACAACCUACCCUACCACACCCCGCACAACACCGCCGCGGGCUCAACAUCUCCCCAGCCCGAGCUGGCCAUCAUCGUAGACCCCAUCAUCGCUACGGGUGCGACGGCACAAGCGGCAAUCGACACGUUGAAGGACUGGGGCGUCAAGAGGAUCAUCGUCGUGAGCAUAUUGGCGACGGAGGAGGGGCUGCAGAAGGCGUGUGGAGAGUGGGAAGAGGGUGUUGAGGUGUGGGUUGGUGGGUGUGACAAGGGGGUUGAUGACAAGGGCAUGAUUAAGCCUGGUCUGGGAGAUAUUGGAGAUAGGCUGUUUAUGACAUUGGGAAAAUAG